AUGCAAAUGAAGCAGGUGCGUGAGUGCGGCGCGGCGCCCUGUUGUGUCGCGAGUAGUGCGCGUCGGAGCCGCGUGGCGGCGCUGUGCGCGCGUGUCUGGCGCGCAUGCGUGCGACACACCCUCCGCGCUGUUUAUUUAUCCGCCGCUAGUCCGGCGAGCGCGACGUGCCGCCAUACACCGCGCUACACGGUAGUUAUUGCUCGCCAUCACUGAGCCGCAGCGAGCAAUGUGCUAGACUCUGGAAGCUUUCCUUCCUGCAGUGCGUGCGAUGUGACUGGCCAGCCACUCCUGCUGUCUACUGAGCUCUGCCCUCAGUCCCCACUCCGCGGUAGUUACGUGUCACGAUGCAGCCGACGGUGUCUCCGUGGGCGUGGGUGUCGUCCCUGGACCGGCGCGCGCGCACCCGCGCCGCCGCCGAGCAUGCGCGCCCGCACGCCCGGGAACACGACAAGUUCGCAUUCUACGGACUGCGCAAGGACACGCGACACUUCAUUAGGCUGGACCCGCUGCCGAAGGGGCUGCUGCUGCCGCGGCAGUGGGCGGCCCCCACCGCGCCGCCCAUCACGUGGCGCGUCGACCGCUUCCACGACGUCGACACCUGGGAGAUCUCCAACAUGAAGGGCAUUCCAAACUUCCGGCCGUACGACCCGGUGUCCAUAGUGCUGCCGGCGGGGAGCGGGGCGGGGGCGGCGGCUGCAGGGGGCGCGGGGGGCGCGGCGAGUGGCGCGUCGUGGGGGCACGCGGCGCGCGGCUGGGCGGCCGGCGCCGUGGCGCUGGCGCUGCUGGUGCUGCUGGUCAAGGCGGCCGAGAACUGCCUGCACAAGAAACUCUUCCGGGCCAUCUACAUGCACACUAACGCGGGCGCGGCGGAGCUCGAGCCGGAGGUGAUGCGGGGACACUACCGGCUGCGGGGAGUGAUCAGACAGGACUCGGACGAGUGGUCCACGCCGAACGUGAUGGCGACCACGUUCCAGCACUACGACUGCGACGUGCCGACGCCGGAGCGCGUGCGGGGGCGCGCGUGGAGCGAGGACGAGCUGCCGCCGCCGUACGCCGCCGUGUCGCGCCUGCCGCCCAGCAAGCCCGCGCCCCCGGCGCCCGACGACGCGCCGCCCCCCUACUCGGCGUGCGCCCCCGGCCCCGCGGCCGCGGACCCGGCGCAGCGGCCGGAGCUGGUGUUCGAGAACGGGCGCAUCGUGGAGAUCAUGACGCAGGAGUCCCGCGCGCGCGCCGCGCCGCACUACGGCCGCCCCCCGCCCCCCCCCGCCCCCGCCCCCCACGCCAUGAUGCUGGUGUAGACAGCGCGCGGUGACGUCACGCGGACACAGACUCACAGUAUUUUUGUAUCGCGGAGUGCGCGGACUGGUCGCUCGACAGAGACUGUGCGACUGGCGCCGAGUACAGUCGAUGGCGAACCAAAUUACGUUGUAGUGGGAAGUGAAUCGAAGUAAUGCUCAAGGGUGGAGUUGGGUAUCAUUUUAAUAAAUUAUGUACAUUAGACUAGAUUGAGUACCUCGAUAUAUAGAUCUCGCUGUGUCUACAUAUACUUAAUACACACGACUAUGUAGCCUGUCUGGGACUAUGCCCUGUAUUGUAUACUUCAUGAUAUUGUCUCCUAGUCGUAGCUACAUCCUGCAGGCUCGUGUAGCGAGUGCCUAGCUCUGCUCUGUCUGUAUAUUUGUACCUCUAUGUAUUUCCCCGACAGAGACUAGCUCGCUGUCCCCGGCUGUACCAUAAGUGUAUGUUAAAGCCGAUAUUGUGUUAAGUGCCUUGAGAUUUGCACCAAUCGUGAGAACAUAGUACAAGUUGAGGUAGUGACGCGUGUGGUGUGGCGGGUGUGUCACACCCAGCACCCACGCGCCGGUAGUAGUCCACUAGCACUGCAGCAGGGCGCUACACUUGUGUCUCCUACAUAAAUAUGUAUUUACAAUAAACGUCUUCAACUCG